AAAACUUGUAAUUUUUUUAAAAUGUCAAUUGCGUCAUCACGACACGAAUUAAUUUUACAAAGCAGCUAUGAUUUUUAAUUAAAUAAUCUUAUUUUUAAGCUAGUACAGGAUAUCAAGGUACUAAGAUGUCUUCGUCGGCGAUAUAUAUAUUGGAUGUGAAGGGUAAAGUUCUCAUUUCGAGAAAUUACCGCGGAGAUGUGGAUAUGGGUGUGAUAGACAAGUUUAUGCCACUUCUAAUGGAGAAAGAAGAAGAGGGUAUGUUGACUCCAUUACUCCAAACUAGCGAGUGCACUUUUGCUUAUAUCAAGACCAACAACCUUUAUAUUGUGUCAACAACGAAGAAAAACGCCAAUAUUGCCCUUGUGUUUGUAUUCCUUUAUAAAAUAGUGGAAGUGAUGACUGAAUACUUCAAGGAACUAGAGGAAGAGAGUAUUCGCGACAACUUUGUAGUUAUUUACGAGUUGCUGGAUGAACUGUUAGAUUUUGGCUAUCCACAGACUACUGAUAGUAAAAUACUCCAAGAGUACAUUACACAGGAGGGUCAUAAAUUAGAAAUGCAGCCACGUAUACCAAUGGCAGUUACCAAUGCUGUGUCUUGGAGGUCUGAAGGCAUUAAAUACAGGAAAAAUGAAGUAUUCCUCGAUGUUAUUGAAUCUGUAAACUUAUUGGCUAACUCAAAUGGAAAUGUUCUCAGAAGUGAGAUAGUAGGUGCAAUCAAAAUGAGGGUUUAUUUGUCUGGUAUGCCAGAACUGAGACUUGGCUUGAAUGACAAAGUACUCUUUGAGAGUACAGGAAGGGGCAAAUCAAAGUCUGUUGAACUAGAAGAUGUGAAGUUCCACCAGUGUGUCAGAUUGUCCAGAUUUGAAAAUGAUAGAACCAUUUCGUUCAUUCCACCCGAUGGUGAAUUUGAACUUAUGUCAUACAGAUUAAAUACACAUGUAAAACCAUUGAUUUGGAUUGAGUCUGUAAUUGAACGCCAUGCACACUCGAGAGUCGAGUACAUGAUAAAAGCUAAGUCCCAGUUCAAGAGACGUUCGACUGCUAAUAAUGUUGAGAUAAUCAUUCCUGUUCCAGCUGAUGCUGAUUCCCCAAGGUUUAAGACUACUAUUGGCAGUGUUAAAUAUACUCCUGAACAAAAUGCUAUUACAUGGUCUAUCAAAUCAUUCCCAGGAGGCAAGGAGUACUUAAUGAGGGCCCAUUUCGGCCUACCAUCGGUUGAAUGUGAGGAUACUGAUGGCAAGCCCCCAAUUCAAGUCAAAUUUGAAAUCCCAUAUUUCACUACAUCUGGGAUACAAGUUAGAUAUCUUAAAAUCAUUGAGAAGAGUGGCUACCAAGCUUUACCCUGGGUUCGGUACAUCACACAGAAUGGUGACUAUCAACUAAGAACAAACUAAAAUAUGACAAGAUUUUUGUUACAUUCCUUUUUAUUUAUAACUUGCACCUAGAAUAUUAAUCAUUAUGUUCUUGCAAUUUGUUUAUCUUAAUUGUAAUAUGGAAGUAUUAUUGUAAGAAAUUAUUGACCCUAUAAUAAAUAAUCCAAACUAAAA